AAAAUAAAGAGAUAUUCACUCAUGAAACAUCCGUGAAAAUCGGUGACAUCAUAUACUUAAUAAUAGGUUUAUGAUUUCAUAAUGAUCUCAUAAUAACGUAAAAUGUAUAUUCACAGUAAUAGAAAAACACACAAAGGCAUGCGCGGCGCGUGAGAAACCGAAACUGUGAACAAAAACGGCGACGUCACUUUCUACCGAUCGCCACUUGCGUCGCGCUAUCCAACGUCUCAAGCGCGAUCAAAACAAACAUCAUCAAUGCAUUCCGGACCUUCAAAUCGGUUAAAUGUACUCUACCUACUUUUGCGUUGCGUACCUUAUCGAGUGUUUACUUCGUCCCGAGACGCCGAGCGACGCGCAUAUCGGAGAGCACGUAUAUCUGCUGAUUGCAAUAUUUCGUCGGCUCGUGAUAUAUUUAAUCGGACUCUCUCGUCGCGGCAUCGCGUUAUUUAACACACAUUUUUCCGAUCGAAUCGUAAUCUACGCGAGUGUCAGUGUCAGUGUUAGUGUCGCGAUGGAGCAACCUGCAGCCAAAAUGCUGAACCGAGGAGCUAGGAACGAAGGAAGUACGACGCAGGCAGCGAUGCAUCAUGUGUUUCCAGGUCUGUGUAAAUCAACAAAGAGUACCGAGGACGAGUAUGAGGACGAUCCGCCCGUGGACGAGGAAGACGAAUUCGACGAGGACGGUGAAGAUGCUGACAAUCUCGGUGUCACCAGCCCACCGCCGCAAAUUUUGUCGUUGCCCAUGAGUAUUCGUGCAAUAGAAGGAGAUACCGUUAUGUUACCCUGCACCGUGAUUCACGCAGAGAACUACGCGGUUACGUGGAUGAAGGACAAAGAGUAUUUAUACGUCGAUUCGGAACCGCAUACGGAGGAUUCGAAAAGGAUUGUUCGAUUGCCGAACAACACAUUGAUGAUCUAUAACGCAUCAUUCGAUGACUCCUCCAACAAUUACCAAUGUAUCAUUCUCCUAAAAGAGCAUAUAGUGCUUACCCAUCGUUUGCGAGUCGAACCUAAAGGAUCGCAGUCUGCUGCGAUCCCACAGCAGCCUGUGGCUCCGCAACAGUCCACGGUGCCGCCACAGCCAGCCGUCCCACCGCAACAUUCGCACCGGGGACUUAUACGCGUGACACCCAAGAGGAAGAUCGAAGUGAACCAGGGACAUAUCAUCACGUUCGGUUGUGAGACGAGUAUACGGCCCCCGCCUGAAAUCAAGUGGUUUGUCGAGAAUAAAAAGCUAAGUAACUACGAUCCUAAUGUGGUAGUAAAUGGCAAUUACAUCACGAUAAGAAAAGUGAACAAAUCACACAGUGGUCGGUAUCAGUGUCUCGCUGAGGACGGCUCGAAGGACCCGGCGAUAGAAGCGAUCACCCUCAUUGUGCAUUACGCGCCUGAAGUAGAAGCGAAGAAGAGUAUGGUACAUAGCGGCACCGGUAUCGAGUCAGAGUUGAUGUGCAUCGUGACCGCUUAUCCUAAGGCCAUAAUAAAAUGGUCCAAAGACAAUAAAGAGAUUACGCAGAAGAAGGAAUCGAUUAUCAUGCACCACGGAGAAAUGAAAGGAAACAAGACCAAGCACACCUUAAAGAUCUUGCAUACCAUGGAGCAGGAUUUUGGCGACUAUAAAUGCAGCGCACAAAAUUCCAUCGGUCGAGACUCCAAAACUAUCAGGCUUACAGGUGUGCCUUCGCAAGCAAAACUAUUGAGCGUUAACAUGACCACUGACAGUACAGGAAUUAUUUUCAAAUGGCGUCUGGAAAGUUACUCACCAAUCAACGAAUACAAGAUACAGUAUCGUCGCCAAGGCGAGGACAACUGGAGCAUCGUCAUGCCCGAAGUCAAGAACGGUAAAGGAAAUCAAUUUAUCGUGGAGCAUCCGAUUGAGGGGCUUGAGCCUGGAUCCUAUGAGGCAGUCCUCAUAGCUAGAAAUUCUUUCGGAUGGUCUCCACCGUCUGAGCCGCAUAUGUUUAUCGGUGAUUACCCACCCGAGAUGGCACGAAAGGAGGAAAACUCGGCAGCUAUCCAAAUUCGACCGCCCAAAAUUUUCUUAGCAUUGAUCCUAGUCGUUUUAUCUUGUGCCUUCACAAGUCUGUAAUUUACUUAAACUAUGUAAACUACGUAGGUAAUUUGCUGCAGCCAAAGCAUACACCAGCAAACGUUAUGGUGGGAUUAACAAAGUAAGAACACUUAGGAGAGAGACGCACGUACAUCGAUCGAGUGCGAGCUUCAUCCGGAUGCGUCCUGCAAUGUUUUCGUGUAAGCGCUACGUGUAAUUUACGUUUUAAAUUCUUCUUGAGCGGGCAUUAUCAUGCAAAAUGUUUAAGUGAAUUAUAAAUAUUAUUACGUAUGGUUUUGUACAGCCGGAAUUUUUUAGAUUAGUAUUUUUUACAUUAUAUGUGUAUGUGUGUGUAUGUGUGUGUGUGUGGCAUACAUGUGCGUACAUAUACACACGUAUACACAUACACAGAGCUCGCCUAGGUGUUCCAUGAAGACGCGUUGUAAAGGAAACGAGCAUUUCAAUGGUACUCCGUAAAAUAACGGAUAAUCCUUAAGGGGUAUUGUACUUUAAAAUAGUCGUAUAUAUAUUUAUAUCUAUCACAAUCUCUCUCUAUUUCUCUCUACGUAUCUAUCUAUCUGCACACGCGCACACAUGGUUGCGUACGUAUCCGCUACGUACGCGACGUCGUGUAUACGCGUGUAACGUGUACACGUAACAUAGUAUUCACUGUACAUGCGUAAGAGCUCAGAGAUACACAAUCAUUAUUAUAAUUUAUUUUUGUAUGCUUAAGAUUAUAUUAGAAACACGUGUUCAAAGAUGUCGCGCUUUUGGUGCCAUGUACACACAACCAUGUACACGUCUUUUUGAAGAAUCAUGUAUAGGAAAACGGCAUCUUUAUGGAAAAAAAAGGAAAAAGAAUAUCCGCAAUGCACGCGUAAAAAAAGGCAUGUACCUAUAUAAUUAUUAUAUACGAUAGCGGAGAAGUAACGUUAUAUAGAGAGUACACUAUUACAAUAUAUAAUGUGCGACGUGUAUACGCGGAAUAAUAUGACGUUGGAAGCAAACAUACCGAAGUCAAAAAGAAUUAUUCUUAACGUUACGUCCUCGUGCUACGUAUGUUCGCUCCUAACACGAAGGCAAAUUUCUUUUCUUUUUUUUUUUAAUAUACACCUGUAAAUGGGGAUAACGCGUGCACGUGUGUAUGUAUAAAAUGAGUGACUGACGAGUAUGCGAGAGUGUCGUUCUAUUAGCGUUUUCCAUAAAAGUUUUCGCUAGCUUUCAUCGCGCUAUGAGAGAUAUGUUGUUAUAUUGAUUUAUAUAAUUAAUGUUAUGCACACGACAACGCACACACAUACAUACACACAUACACAUACAUACAUACACAUAAUACUUUCGCGAUCGCAACAGAAAGCUGCCCGUUCUACAAAUGCUGUACUCGACGUAGAUACUAACUGUCAGAUUAUACAAAGACUAUUUUUUUACAUUAACAUAAAACAUUUUUUUUACAUUAAUGUAACGUAUUUAUUAUAAAUAUUUACACAGUAAUACGUUUAUAUGUAUUUUUAUUGUCUGUAAAAUUAUACAUUUUAUUUCGUUUGUGUGUGUCGGAAAAUCAUUUUAAGUAAUCAAAAUUAUGUAUUAAUGAAUGUGUUAUCACAAAAUCAGAUUAUUAUUUAUCGUAUUGUAUGUGUUGCCAAUGCAUUAUUGUAAUGUUAUAAUAAUGCAAUUCUUAAUAAAGAAAAGCUGCAGAUACUCAAUAGCAGUAGCGUUAAAGCACAAUUUUAUAUAUACUGUAUUUAUUUAACUACGUCGAGUAUAUGAUGGCAUUUUAAACACGUACAUCUUUUAUUCGCCAUUCUAUUAUAUAAAUUCCAUUAUAUAAAUUUGCAAAAUAUAAGAUUUAUUUCUGAAUAAAAAUGUAAAAUAGAAAUAAUUGGUUGUGGAAAAGAUGAAAAACAAUCAACUGCCAAAAAAAAGUAAUAUAUAUAUAUGCCUAUUAUAUUAUUAACAUAUUAAUUAAUUAAAGUUUCUUGAAAUGUAUACUGUUUUCAACAGAAAUGAAUGAAGAUAAUUAUAUUUGAAACUGUGUAAUGAUCUAUAGUAUACUUUAUUCUUAUGCAUCUUUUUCACAAUCUAUUGCUAAUUUACCAAACAUGAACAUUUUAAUUUGAUUGUGUAACUAAAUUUAUGUACAUACAUACAUAAAAAUUUAUUUUAAUAAAUGUCGAUAAUAUAUGUAAGGAAAAAAAUAUAUAUAUACAUAGUCAGGAUGCUUACGAGACAUUAUGUUGAUAUAUUAUACUCCUGAUGUGCAUAUAAAUAUAGUUUCUCCCGUUGCCUUAAUCAAUUUAACAUGUACAAUCAAGAAUAAUGAAAGGUACAUUAAUUCAUAAGAUUAUACUUGCUGAUGGGUAAUAAACACAAUACAUCGAUA